AACACUCUUUCAUUCAAAACCAAUCCUUUCUUUUCUCAAAAAGAAAAAAAAUGGCACCAAAGGCGGAGAAAAAGCCGGCAGCCGAGAAGAAACCAGUCGCCGAGAAAGCCCCAAAACCCAAGGCCGAGAAGAAGAUUCCCCCAAAAGACGCAUCCUCUGCAGACAAGAAGAAAAAGAGGCACAAGAAAUCGGUGGAGACGUACAAGAUUUACAUCUUCAAGGUCCUCAAACAGGUCCAUCCCGAUAUCGGGAUCUCUAGCAAGGCCAUGGGGAUCAUGAACUCUUUCAUCAACGAUAUCUUCGAGAAGCUCGCGCAGGAGGCCGCCAAGCUCGCCAGGUACAACAAGAAGAACACCCUUUCUUCCCGUGAGAUCCAGACCGCCGUCAGACUCGUCCUCCCCGGGGAGUUGGCGAAACAUGCCGUCUCUGAAGGCACCAAGGCCGUCACCAAGUUUACAAGCGGUUAAUUUUGAUUUUAUUGACUAGGUGUUUGUUAAUUUAGUAUUAUAGUUUUUAAUUUCGUAUUGGGUGUUAAUGUAGUAUUGUAGUUGGGGUCCAAGUAUUAUUCCUGGAAAUGCAAGUAUUUCUUUGAUUA